CCCGUGUGCCCGGUAUCGCGCGCGAGCCGGGGAAGGGGGUGGAGGUCUGCAAUUAUGACACGAAUGUGUCAUGACAAUUAAUCAAUCAGUCUAGGCGAACGACUGACUGAAGCCUUUGGGUGUAGCCCUGUGCAUCAUCCAAAUUCUUACGUGGAUCAGCCAAUUGAGCGGUGGGAGCCUCUUUCGGGAAUUAAAAGGGGGUUGGUGGUGGGGCUGGGGUGGUCGGCUGUUCGUCGUCGCUAUAAAAGCCUCGGCUCUCUGGCUCCGAACCUCAGGUCUCCACCUCCGCUCGUUUUUGUUGAAAGCCCGACGCGCCUUUCCCAGCAGCUGCUUCUAUUCUGCCCCGUCAGCACAACAACCGCUACUACCACCACCCGUACUUCGCACCCGGCAAAAAUCUACCUUCGAUCAGCAGCCAUGUCCGCCAGCAUCAAAGUGUCGACCACCAAGAGGACGUCCACCCGCAGCAGCGCGGGGGGCCCUCGCGUCGUCAGCGGCGGCUUCAGCAGCCGCUCGUUCGGCGGCGGCAUGGGGGGCAGCCGCUUCAGCGCGGGGGGAGGCUCCGCGUUCAGCCGCCGCAGCACGGCGCUCGGCGGCUCGUCGUACCGGGCCGGCUCGGCCGCCUCCAGCUUCGGCUACGGCAGCGGCAGCGGCGGCUACGGCUACGGCGUGGGCGGAGUGGGCGCGGCGAUUUCGGCCGCGGCGCUGGCCUCCGCGGCCCCCGUGGACAUCGACCGCUCGGUGCUGCCCACGCGCACCCAGGAGAAGGAGGCCAUCAAGCACCUCAACGACCGCUUCGCCAACUUCAUCGACAAGGUGCGCUUCCUGGAGCAGCAGAACAAGGUGCUGGAGGCACAGUGGUACGCGCUGCAGGAGAAGACCACGACCGGCUCCAGCAUCGACGAGAUGUUCGAGGCCUACAUCAACGGGCUGCGGCGGCAGCUCGACGGCCUGGGCCACGACAAGGGUCAGCUGAACGGAAACCUGGGCCAGAUGCAGGCCGUCGUGGAGGACUUCAGGGCCAAAUACGAGGCAGAGAUCAACAACCGCAACGCAGCCGAGGGCGAGUUCGUGGUCGUCAAGAAGGAUGUUGAUGGGGCGUACCUCUCCAAGGUGGAGCUUGAGACUCGCCUACAAGGCCUCGUGGACGAAAUCAACUUCCUGAGGAGCAUCUUCACCCAGGAGCUCAGCGAGCUGGAGGCCCAGAUCAAGCACACCAACGUGCUGGUGGAGAUCGACAACAGCCGCAACCUGGACGUUGACGGCAUCAUCGCCGACGUGCGUCAACAGUACGAGACCAUCGCGGCGCGGAGCCGGGCCGAGGCGGACGCCUUCUACCAGGACAAGUUCCAGAGCCUGCACUCGGACAGCGGGAGGAACGACGAGGAGCUGCGCAUGACCAGGAACGAGAUCACCGAGCUCAACCGCCAGAUGCAGCGCUUCCGCGCCGAGAUGGAGGCCCUCAAGAAGCAGCGCGCCAAGCUGGAGUCGGCCAUCGCCGAGGCGGAGGGACGCGGAGAGGCCGACAUUCGGGAGGCCAAGGCGGCCAUCGCCCAACUGGAGGAGGAGAUCCACAAGGCCAAGCAGGAGAUGGCCAGACACGUGCGCGAGUACCAGGAGCUCAUGAACGUCAAGCUGGCUCUGGACAUCGAGAUCGUCACCUACCGCAAGCUGCUGGAGGGAGAGGAGUCCAGGCUGAACGUGAUCACCCAACACAUCACGCAGAGCGGGGGACAGCUCCACAGCCAGGGAGGAUCAGCCUUUGGGGGAGACAUGAUGUGCUCCAUCGGCGGAGGUGGAAGCUACAGCGGAGGUGGAAGCUACAGCGGAGGUGGAAGCCACAGCGGAGGUGGAAACUACAGCCAGAUGAGCUCCGGCUCCAUCAAGAUGUCAACACACUACUAAAGCCCACACGGUUGCCAAGAGAUCCCAGAGGCAUUCGCGAAGAAGGACCGCAUCACGUCGACUUUGCUCCCCCCACACACCACGAGCACUCGACAAUGUUUAUGACAGUGCCGCUUACGCUUCUAUUUGCUAAGGGAACUUACACAUUGCUCCAAUGCCACACGGCAGUUUUGUGAAACAAUGCUAGAGAGUGGAACGUCGCAAAGACUGUUCUUCAUCAGAUUCACUUGUGAUGUCAUCCCCCCCACUGAUAAUUGGCGCUCGGCUCACGCGCUCUGAACACCGCGAGUAGUUAGCUGUACAGCGAACUCGUGUCUGUGGCCAGACAUCCCUCCAUUUGACAGCUUAUUUUCUACUACGUUGCCAAUGCUAGAAAUGCUAAAUGCCAUCUAUUUCUUGUCAAAAAAAAUUAGACUUUUUUUCAUGGCUUGCUUAACCAUACACAAUCAUGGAUUAUUAAAAAAAUCUUUGUUAAAAAAAAACGUUCUAAGUUGUGUUAUCUCUGCGGUAUUUGAGGGGGCGUAUUGACUCCUGCUUGGUGGCAUUACACAGACGCCCUGUGGCAGCUCAUCGCGUUGUUAUGCACGAUGUCCGACGUUUCGCUCUACGUGCUG